GUCAGCACCUGCACCCCAACCGAGCUUCGUGAGCUUCCGCAACCCGAGGUGCCGCCCACAAACGCCCCGGCACCAGAUACCAGACGCCCCCAGCCUGUCUGCCAUGCCCACUCGACUCUCCAGCGUGCCGCGCGAAUGAAGUCGACGCCGGGGCUGCCCAUCGCCUCGUCCCAGCCGUGGGCCUCGACAAGCAGCCUGCCCCCGACGGCCGCACCAUGUACUGGCCCGUUGGAACACCUCGCAUCUACGCCACCAGCGCCAGCAGCCAGGCCCCAACCUUCAGCUUCGUCGUCUCCCACGAUGGCCUCCCGUCGCCCGCCGACCUCGACCCGAGGCCCGAACGCCCGCCACUGCCGCAUGCCGACUCGUCCUCCAGCCAUGAUGGGUUGGCGCCGCCCCAGCCCUCCCCUCUUCUGCCCCCAGGCACGCCCCCCACGCCAUUGACGCCCGCCAUCAAGCCGGUUGAACAUGCCCUCCAGCACCCCGACGGAGCAACUUCUUACCCAGCCCCGCCCGGCGCCGCCUCCACGAGCCUGUCACUGCUUCUGAGCGAGCCCAUCCUGGCCCUACGCGUCGCUCGCUCAGGCCACCUCUUUGCCAUCAUCACGGCCACAUCCAUGACCGUAUGGCAGACAAAGCCCACGGUAGUGCUGGCCGCCGUUGUCAGAUCCCAGGCCUCCAUCAAGUCGUACGGCACCAACGUCGACCUGCUGCUGCGCCCAGACUCGGCCAUCUUUGUCGUGCAUACGAGCUCGGGCUACCUCAUCACGUACUCUCUAGCUACCGAUAUCGACUCGCGCGUGUAUAGGCCCGUCUUCACAAGCCACCCCAACGUGCAGAGGAGGAGGCAGAGCCACGCGGGCGGGCCGGGACAUGCGGCCCCCGACCAGAUCAUGUGGGGCCCUGGCGAGGGAACCGGGGUCCGCGAUGUGAGCGUGCGCUUCAAGAUGGUUAUCAAGGUAGAUGCGGGCAUCGAGAGCGCCCUGGCGCUCGACGAAGAGCUCGUGGUGGCCACGCGCAAGCCUGCCGCCGUCCAGUGCAUCCGCUGGACCCCCGACAGCUCUGGCAGCCAGACCAGCACCGAGAUUAUGAGCCGCAUGGGCUGGCUGGAUAAGAAGGUCACCAUCUCGGAGAUGACCAACGACCGACCCAUGAACCUGUCCACCUGGAUCACGAGCGACGGCAAGGCCUACGCCGUCCAGCGGACACCAGGCGGCCAGCCGCACCCCGAGACGGGCGAGCCGGACCCUAAGAAGUUAUUCAAGGGCUACUGCUUUCACGUCCCACGCAGUGACGUUGAGCGGGCCGCCCGCGCCGUCAUCAACGCCCGCUUCUCGCUCAUCGCCGUGGGGUGCGCCGACGGCAACAUCCGCGUGUACUCGGUCAAAGACUAUGCGGGCAACGUGCCCCCGUCGCACGUCCACGCGCUGCCCGUCUCGAGCUCGGCCUCGGGCCGGCUGACAACGCUGACGUACUCGCCCGACGGCUACUGCCUCUUUGCGGGCUACGAGAAAGGGUGGGCCACGUGGAGCGUUUACGGCAAGCCGCUAAGCCACAGCUUCACGGCAGACCCCGCAAUGGCGGCCGGCAACGGCGAGGCCUGGCUGUCGGGGGUCAGAGAUGCUGCCUGGAUCGGGGGUGCGGUCGAAAUGCUCCUCAUUGGUAUGAGGCACGAGGCCGUGUGGCUCCUCGAGAUGGCUCGCAGCGCCGUCACAGGCUGCUACUGUUCCGCCAACCUGUUCCGCACGGUGCUCCAGACGACGUCCAGCGUCAUGGUCUACCGAGGCUACGACCUGCCCGAUCUCAGCAGCAUCUCAGCGGAGCCCUCGCUCUGGCACACAGCCAGCAUCCCGGCCACCUACCUCCUGAACCAGUGGCCGGUACGAUAUACGGUUGUAUCCCCUGACGGGCGGUACGUGGCCGUUGCCGGACGACGCGGCCUGGCGCACUAUAGCGUCAACAGCGGGCGGUGGAAGAUGUUCGCAAACGAGGAAAUGGAAAACGAAUUCCAGGUCAGGGGCGGCAUGUGCUGGUACCAAAACGUCCUGGUGGCGGCGGUCGAGGUCAACCGGAGCUACCAGUUGCGCCUGUACUCGAGGGAGCCGGCCCUGGACAACGCCAAUAUUGUCCACCACCAACAGAUGCAGUCCCCCGUUGUCCUGAUAACGCCGUCGGGCGAGGAUUCGCUGCUGGUGUAUGGUCACAACAACAUACUCUACCACUACGUCUUCAGCACCUCACAGUCGGGCUCCGUGCGGCUGGUGCAGGUGGGCCAGAUUGCGUUUCAUGGCAUCGUGCGGUCCCCGGCCCGGGUGAGAGGGCUCAGCUGGAUCCUGCCCGAAAGCCAGCAGCUCACCGGCGACCCGUCCGACGACGUGGCCGUGGCGUCGGUUCUGUUUCUCGUGGAUGGCAAGCUGGUUCUGCUCAAUCCGUCGCUGAACGAAGAUGGGAACCUGAAGUACGAUAUGCGAGUCAUCGCGCAAAGCGUCGAGUAUUAUUUUUGCAUGUGGGAUCAGCCUUUUGAUGACGCGCUGCCGCCGCUAGCCUCCUCUGACGGGCACGGAUCGCUGGACCCUGGAGGCCCGGCGCCUUUGGAAAACUCGCUGUGGCUGCUGGACGGCGGAGAGCUGAGGGUGUGGUCUGAUGUGCAGACGGUCCUCGACGUCGUCUCAACGACAGGAGGGGAGCUUCCGCCGACGGCAACGCUCUCCACAGACUUCUACCCCUUAUCCGUUCUCCGAUCCAAAGGCUUCCUACUCGGGGUCGAGCCGGAGCUUGUCCAGCGGAGGGACAUCGACUUCAGCUUCUUCCGAUUCGCGCUCAGGACACACCUGUUCCUCCCAGAGCUGCUGCGAUUCCACUUGACGCGGAAUGAAUCGAGCGCGGCCCUUCGUCUGGCCCAGCAGUACCAGUCGCUAGCCUACUUCUCGCACGGUCUCGAGAUUCUGUUGCACCAUGUGCUAGACGAGGAGGUGGAUAGCGCGCCAGCGCCCGAGGCGGCGACGCUGCCGCGCGUGCUGUCGCUGCUGUCAUCGUUCCCGGACUACCUUGACGUUGUCGUGCAGUGCACACGCAAGACGGAAGCGCGGUCGUGGCGCACGCUCUUUGCCUACCUGCCUCCGGCGCAAGAGCUCUUUGAGGAGUCGCUCCUGCGCGGCAACCUCAAGACGGCGGGCGGCUACCUGCUCGUCCUGCACACUUUCGACGAACUCGCCUCGGCGAGUGAGCAGAGCGUCCGGCUUUUGAAGCGGGCGAUGCGUGAGGGCGACUGGGAGCUGUGCAAAGAGCUCGCGCGCUUCCUGGCGGCGCUCGACGACAGCGGCGACACGCUGCGGGGGGCGCUCGAGAUGGUGAACAUCAACGCAGGCGGCGGGACCGUGGUGGUUGCCUCUCUCGCCGGGAGGAUCGAUGGCCAGCCCAUCCCCCGCCUUUCGGUGCCCCCGUCCUUCAGCAACGGGACCGGAGAUGGGCGCGGUGGCAACGGCAGCAGCAGGGAUCGGAGCCGGAGCAGCGAGUCGAUCAGCAGAAGUAUCCGAGGGCUCGGUAUCAACGACGGGAGCACGUCGCCGGAUUCGUAGUCAUGAUGGAACUAUGAGCAGGCAGCCCGAGCUGCUGGCCUGCAGUCAUUUUUCUUGUUUACCUCUUAGUUUUCUUGUUUUGUCCCUUUUCCAUCAAGCUCUUUUUCCAGUUCGGGUCUUUGGAUAGACACGGGGUGAGCGGGAUCUGCAGCUUCGCCGGGUUGCUUCGGGUAACAGACGCAGACGGAAAUGCAUGGCAGCCUGAGGGAAAGGACAUACAUAGCAUAGCAUUGCCCUCCUAGAGACAAAGAAAUAGUAAAAUAAAGUAAAACGCGUUGCAUACGUAGUCGAUUGC